AUGCCACGAAAGCGCAAGUCUGUCGAGAAACCUCUGACGCCGGGCUCGGAUUCACCACGGGACAAGAGAGUCAAAAUGCUUCCUUCAUCAAGCCAUGGCAAUGUAGCAGCGACCGUGUCUACAGCCAUCACUACCGUCGUGGGAGGCAUUGCAGCCAAGUUGCCCGCCAGAGUCAAGUCAAGCAAGAAUGGCGCCAAAUCCCACCGUUCAAAGCCCUCAGGGUUUUAUCAGAGCGGAUCCAGCAACAGCCCUGUAUCUCCCAUUCAGCAGAACCUGAGUAAACUCUUCGACCAUUAUAGAGACAACCCGAAGGAUGCCCCAGACAGAAUCGGCAUAGAGGGCGCUCAGAAAUACUUGACCGACCUCAACGUCGAGCUCGACGAAGUCGCUCACUUGGCCAUCUGCGACCUUUUGCAAUGUCCGUCAAUCGGCGAAUUUGAACGAGGCCCGUUCAUUUCUGGAUGGCGGAGCGUCUCCACCGCCGAUAAAGCGUAUGACACGAUAUCUCGCCAAGCGCAGUACGUCGAUAUUAUCCGGAAGAAACUCGCCACCGACUCUGCAUACUUCAAACAAGUGUAUCGCAAUGCCUUCAAGCUCGCCAAACCUGAGGGCCAACGGAGCGUGCCGAUGGAUUCCGCAAUCGACUUCUGGAACAUGUUCUUCCGUGAGGGUAAGGGAGGCAUCGAAUGGAACACGUCGACGACAAAGUGGAUGGACUUGUGGUGUGCAUACUAUGAAUCGCAGAGCAAGAGACCGGUCAACAAGGAUCUGUGGAACAUGGUUGGCGAGUUGGUCCUGAAAACAAGGGAGCCGGGCGGAGAGUCUCUUGAGUGGUGGACAGAGGAUGGAGCGUGGCCCAUGGCGGUGGAUGAUUUUGUGGCCUAUGUCAAAGACAAGAGAAAGGCGGAGGGCGACACGAUGGAUAUCAGUUGA